AUGAAUCUCCUUCCUUUGGGCAUAAUCGUUCAGUUUUUUGCCCCAUAUUGGAAGUCUUUAGGGCUGCCCAUUCUAGAAGCUGCGGAUGUUGCAGGGAAGCUGAUACCUCUCAAGGAAGCUAUUAUCCCGGGCAUUAGAUAUCUCGGCGACAGUGGAGAAAAUAUAAAAGCUCUAACCGACGCCAUGGAUAGAUUGAAAGCUACAAGAGCGGGUAUCACGGAUGAUAUCAACAUCGCCGAGAGAGAAGGGAGCAAGCGCACGCCGGAAGUCGACAACUGGCUCAGGAGGGUGGAAGCGGAAGCAGGUGAAGCCGCCAAAAUGGAAGAAGCCUGCCGGAAGAGGAAGAGCGUGCUGGGAGUCCCCCUCAACUGGGUCUCGAGCUACAAAGACGGCCAGAGAGUCAGGAAGAAAGCUAAGGUGGUGGAGGAGCUGCAAACUGAAGCAAGUUCUAUCGUCAUCACGAGGAGGUUGCCACCGUCAUCAGUCCAGGAGAUGCCUACCGUUCCCAGGAUGGUAGGAAUUGAGUCGUAUAAAAACGACGUUCUGCUCCACCUUGCUAACGAUAGCAUGGGCAUCAUCGCGAUUAGGGGCAUGGGCGGGGUCGGCAAAACCACUCUCCUGAGAGAAGUCAACAACAGUUUCCUCCCCGGCAGUGAGAGGAGCUCGGAGUUCGACCAUGUGAUAUGGACGGUGGCCUCCAGAGAGUGUACUCUGGAGAAGCUUCGGGAGGGAAUAGCCGAGAAUUUGGGACUGAAGCUGAAGAAAUAUAGACAGCCACCAAACACGGUCCUCUUCGAGAAGCUCAAGAGCAAGAACUUCCUGUUGCUACUGGAUGACAUGUGGAGAGGCUUCGAGCUGGAGGAUGUGGGGAUCCCACGUCCCGGCACCGGAGGGAAUCAGUAUAAGCGUAAAGUUAUACUCACUACCCGAUUGCUGGACGUGUGCAGAAAAAUGAGCGCCGACGUUGAGAUCGAGAUGAACUGCUUGGGGCAGCCAGAGGCACUGGAUCUGUUCAAAUUUCAUGUCGGUGAGCAGACAUUCAGCUCUCACCCUGACAUAAUUGACCUUGCAGGGGUGGUUGCGGAGGAGUGCAGAGGCUUGCCGCUUGCCCUCAAGACGAUCGGAAGCGCCAUGCGCCACCAGAGGGAACCCAAACACUGGAGGCAUGCAAUCGAGUUGCUGAAGGACUCUAAGCAUGCUGAGAUCCAGGAAAUGGAGAUCCUACCCGAGGAGGGUGAAGAAAGAGAUAUGUUUCGCAUAUUAAAGCUUAGCUAUGACAAUUUGCGUGAUGACAUGACGAGGCAAUGCUUCUUGUCCUGUUGCUUGUGGCCCGAAGACUAUCUAAUUGAGAAAGCUGAGCUUAUAGAAUGCUGGAUGGGUCUAGGCUUAAUCGACGAAUCGAAUGGGAACUUGCUAUGGGGUCGCGAUCACAUUAGAAUCCUGGAAGAAGUAUGCUUACUGGAGCCUAGUGCCGAUAAAGAAAGGGUGAGAAUGCAUGAUGUUAUUCGAGACCUAGCACUAUGGAUCGCUUCCGACUGCGGGCGGAAAAAGAAUAAAUGGUUGGUUCAAGCUGGUGUUGGUCUGACGGAAGCAAUACAUGUGAAACAGAAAUGGAUUGGAGCAGAAGGAGUAGAAAGAAUAUCGCUAAUGCAAAAUAAUAUACAAAUGUUGCCCCGGUACCUUCCUGAUCGGCCCAAUCUCAAAGUCUUGAUGCUCCAGAUGAACUAUGAUCUUAGAAGGAUCCCACCUGACCUUUUCCAAUCCCUGCCUUCUCUAACUUAUCUAGAUUUAUCCUAUUCCGCAUUGGAGGAGUUACCAAAAGAGAUUGGCGUACUAGUUCAGUUGCAGUAUCUUAAUUUAUCCUGGUCAAACAUCAAAGCAUUGCCGAAGGAGCUGGCAUGUCUUAAAGGGCUGAAGUACUUGCUUCUGAGACAGAUAGGUCUCUUGAGAAUACCUCGUGGUGGGAUAUCAAAUCUUUCUAAGCUGCGGCAGCUUGAUCUCUUUGGAACCAUCUGGGAAGUGGAAAGUAGCAGAGGUUGUGGUAAUGAAGGGAAUGUAGCACGUUUGGAAGAGUUGGAAGAACUGAACUCGAAGGUGAUGUCGUUGACAAAGCUUGGAAUCGUGGUAAAUGAAGUGCGAACCCUCCAAAUUCUCUCCAGGUUAGACAACAUAGUUACUCGUUGCCUCGGAAUAUGGUGCAAGUUGGCAUCCAUCCAGUUGACACCAUCUAUCGUUAAAGCCCAACUUGGAAGCCUCAAAAUGUUGAAGGGCCUGCAGAAGCUGAAGAUCAAAUCCUAUAGCUUAGUGGAGCUGGAGGUGGAUGGCGAGGACCAGGAUGAUGAUAUGGAUUGGCAACUUCCACAUCUUGAGAAUCUCUACCUCCAUCGCCUCAUGAAAUUAAAGGCGGUAAAGUGGAGGAGAGUAUCGAUCUCAGAUUUCCUUCCGCAGCUGCGGGAAGUAACGAUUGAUUACUGCAGUGAGUUAGAGAAUGCCAACUGGGUUCUGCAGCUCCCACAGCUCGAGUCUCUAAAGAUAGUAUGCUGCUCCAAAAUGCGGCAAGUGAUCGACGAUUCAGUUGGCAGCCAUGUUGGCUAUAACUCGGCGCUUGCCUUCCGUUGUCUUAGGAUAUUAAAACUGCAAAAUUUAUCCCGCUUAACCAGCAUCUGUGAUCAGGCAAUCAAGUUCCCUUCUUUGGAAAUCAUUGAAAUUGAACAUUGUGACAAGCUGAUGCAGCUGCCCGUCAAGAUCAUGGGGAGCAGCUUACGGGAGAUACUUGGCAGUGAAGGAUGGUGGCAAAGCUUACAAUGGCAGGAUGAGAACAUCAAAGCCUCCCUCCUCCCUUAUUUCAGAAGAAGGGUAAUAUAG